AUGUUUAUCGGAAUAGCAGAAACCAAUAUUACCAACGCCACCAUACCACCAUUACAAGAAACAACAACUGAUAAUAAUUUCCCUGCACUGGUGGCUUGGGGAAUUGCGUUUCUGUGGCUGAUUAUUGCAAUUGGUCGGUGGUUAUGUAAUUCUAUAUGGAGUUUAUGGACAGGAGAUUCUACGCUGAGUGAGAUAUUAUUAGGCGAAGACGAUGAAGAAUAUUGGGACGAGACUAUUGUUUAG